AUGCGGCAAUCAAAAAACAUCCCCGGACUUCAAGAAGGGCACAGGAAAAAUUUUCAUCAAGUCAACAAAACUUCAUUUCUAACAGCGCUCUCUGCUAUCGUACUCCUAUUAGUCCCCGAGUGCAUGAUAAAAUUCGGGCAGUUGACCGUGCACGUCAGGAGUUUCUGGUACUGCGUGAUGUUGUCAAAAAGCCCAGUGAAUUUCGCCAUAUUCCUUUGGCGCCAUCGAGAAUUUCGGGAUAUGGUGCUUUCAAUUUUCCGGCCGAAUCGAGUUCGAUGCGAGAUGGAAACCACAAAUCUCUCGGCAAUGAUGAGGGCAAACGGAAGCAAUCGACCCGCUUGCUUGGGU